CUCUCUAAAAAACCGUUCUUUCUCUCACCUAAUCUAUUCCUUUCUAUGUCACUAAGACGCAGACUCCGAUAACUCGAUUUCGGAAUCGCCUUUGAUUCGGACACUAUAAAACAACUUUGCAACAGUUACUGGUGAGGUUACUUCUUUUCGGGGAGGAGAAUCGGCUAUGGCGGAACCCGAAAGCUUUGGAACUCACCAACUCGGAAGCUCCAACGCGGCUACUGAAGGCCAGGAAGAUGAUGAAGAAGAAAUGGACGAUUCGGAUGAUGAAUCAGAGGUGGACUUGGGAGGAGAAGGAGGAGGAACAGGGAGUGAGUUCAAACCGACUGAGUUGACAACCGGUUCGUCGCUUAAUGAAGCUUUGGUGACGGGUUCACUUUCUGAAACCCUAACGGUGGCUUCGUCCGCUGAAAACGGUCCGUCUGAUGGUUUGCAGCCUGACGAAGGAGCUGAAUUGAAGCAAGCUCCGUCUUCCCACAGUGAGCCUUUGGCUGUUGAAGCAACCCAGACAGAUAAGGUGCAAGAACAAAACCGUCUUCAGUUGACGAUAUUUAAAGGGCCUGAUUCAGACCAAUCACCAACUUCAGUUACCCAGUCUAUCUCAUCCUAUGCAAGUUCAAAUUUAUCUGAACAUAAGCUGUCACCUAAGAGGGUCCAGAAAAUAUGUAAGCCAGAGCCAAGCCAGAAAAAUUUCUUCAACCAUAAAACUCCAUCAUCUGUUCCCAAUGCAAGGACACCUGCUUCAGAUGGUUACAAUUGGAGAAAAUACGGUCAGAAGCAAGUGAAGAGUCCUAAGGGUUCACGUAGCUAUUACAAGUGUACAUAUUCUGAAUGCUUUGCUAAGAAGAUUGAAUGUUGUGAUGACUCAGGGCAAACAACAGAGAUUGUUUACAAGAGUCAACAUAGCCACGAUCCACCUAGGAAGAUUAGUACACCAAAGGAAAGUAAGCUUGUGCCUUAUGUUGAGCCUGUGGUUAAAAAAAUCAUUGCUGAGCAUUCCAGAAGAGUAAUUAAUGAUUCAGAUUCUCCCACACCUUCAAAAGAACCGUUACGAGAAGCAGCUAUAGUCGUCUUUGAAAGGAAACGACAGCACUCAAAUGAUUCUAAUGGAAAUGAUGAAUAUAAAAUCAAAGAUGAGAAUGACGAUGAACCUGGGACAAAACAAAUAGUUAAAAAAAGCAGUGCGGGAAACUCAGGCACUCCUUUAAAACCUGGAAAGAAACCCAAAUUUGUGGUGCAUGCUGCAGGUGACGUUGGAAUCUCGGGUGACGGAUACAGAUGGCGGAAGUAUGGUCAGAAAAUGGUGAAAGGAAAUCCUCAUCCUAGGAACUACUACCGAUGUACUUCUGCUGGGUGUCCAGUCCGAAAGCACAUUGAAUCAGCGGUAGAAAAUCCAAAUGCAGUAAUAAUAACAUACAAGGGAGUACAUGACCACGACACGCCUGUACCAAAGAAACGACACGGUCCACCAAGUGCUCUUCUUGUAGCUGCUGCAGCACCAGCCUCCAUGAGCAGCAAUGCACAACCGAAGAAAACUGAUGUGGUGGAGUCCCAAAUAUCUUCAACACAGUGGUCUGUGGAUGCUGAAGGAGAGUUGACUGGUGAGGCCUUGGAGCUUGGGGGUGAGAAGGCAAUGGAAUCUGCUCGAACACUUUUGAGCAUUGGAUUUGAAAUCAAGCCUUGCUGAACCAAACACCUUUCAAGGAAUAACCGUGGGAACUCUAUUUAUGAACAUGGAUAGGUUCAACUUUGUGGUUUUUAGAAGAGACUGGUGACAACCUAGAAGCUUUUCUAGCUUUUUUCCCCCCUUACAAUUUUAUUAAUGAGAGACUAUCAUUUCGGAUUGGUAUCACCACUCAUUCAAGUUAGAGAAUAGGGUGAAGCUAUGAAAUGAAAUCAAUGGUGAAUAGGAAUAGCACCUUCCAUUUACAACCA